AUGAAGUAUGUGAAAUCGAAAAAGAAGUACAUCAAGAAGAGUUUGAGGAAUUGCAAAUUCAACACAAUGGCAUGCACAAAUCCAUCAAUCACAGUUCAAUCAGGUCAAACCAGACGACUUACAAGUCAACUGGAAAAGGACCAGCCAGAAUUAAGUCGACUAGAUGGAUUUGGAAACCCAAAAAUGAUCCUGAACCUAGUAACACUAACUAACCAGGACCCAAGCAAGCUUGGGUACCUAAAAGAAAGUGAUCACUAUGAUUUGCAGGAACACCACCAAAGAAAUCUCAAAGGAAAAUGGUACUUAGACAGUGCAUGUUCCAGCCAAAAGACAGGUGAUAAAAACCUAUUCAAAGAAGUUACAAAAAUAGAUGGAGGAAGCGUUAAGUUUGGCAAUGAUUCAAAAGGAAAAAUAAUCGGUAUCAGAACGAUUCCUUUCAAUAACAACUGUGAUAUCACUGAGGUUUAUCUAGUCGAUGGGAUUAACUACAACCUUCUGAGCAUAAGUCAGCUAUGCGAUUCAGGAUAUGAGGUAAAGUUUAAGAAAAUAGGAUGUGCUAUUGAAGAUGAGACAGAAUUAACAAAUCAAACCAAGAACAAUCCACCAGAACCACCGAAGGAGUCGACUACUCAUACAGCUCGUCCGAACGAAUGGAAAAAUGAACCUGAAUAUCCCCAAAAAUUCAUCAUAGGAGAUCCGAAUGAAGGAAUGAAAACCAGGGGAGCUCUCAAGAAGAAAGCAAACAUAGCUCUAAUCUCUCAAAUUGAGCCAAAGAAAAUAGAGGAAGCUCUUAAAGACUCAAGGACAAAGUGCGUCUUCAGAAAUAAGCUAAAUGAGGAUGGAAAGGUUGUAAGAAACAAAGCCAGACUAGUUGCUCAAGGAUAUUCACAACAAGAAGGAGUCGACUAUGACGAAACUUUUUCCCCAGUAGCUCGACUAGAAUCUAUUCGCAUUAUGUUGGCAUAUAUAUCUUUUAAAGGAUUCAAGUUAUUUCAGAUGGAUGUUAAAAGUGCCUUCUUAAAUGGUUUCAUUGAAGAGGAACUAUACGUGAGACAACCCCAUGGGUUUGUAGACUCAGAGUUUCCAUAUCAUGUGUAUAAGCUAACUAAAGCACUGUACAGACUGAAGCAAGCUCCAAAAGCAUGUUACGAAAUAUUAAGCUCUUUUCUUAUUAAUCAUGGAUUUACAAGAGGUAAAGUAGAUACUACUCUGUUUAUUAAGAGAUCAUCAGAAGAGCAGACUACCCCAGUUCUUACACCUGUGGAGGGUACCACUAUCCCUCCCAUUGAUACUCCUGUUCCGCCUCCAGCCCCAGCUUUCGAUUCUUUUAUUUCUGAUAGGGAUCUUAGGAGAGAUAUUCAGAUGUUGACCCAGCUAGUGGCCUCUCAGGCCUAG